AUGGUUGAGAAGAACGACACCGAGCACUUUGACGUCAAGGGCAUUAUGUUCUACGACCCAAGUGUUGCCGAAGACGUCCUGCUCGAGGACAUCCCCGCCGUGCCAUUCGUGGACCGAUGGGCCGGCCUCUUCAACUUCAACGAGUCCUUCACCCAACACAUUCAUGAGGCCGCCGAUCGUUGCGGAUACACAGACUACAUGGAGAAGGCACUCACAUUCCCGCCUACCGGCAAGCUUCCCGAGCCUCCUAACAGCUCCGUAGAGGGAUGCGACCUCUGGAGCCAGAUCUACUACAACGUCUUCUUCACCAACCCUUGCUUCGACGUGUACCAGGUGGCUACCACCUGCCCUCUUCUUUGGGACGUCCUCGGUUUCCCAGGCUCCUUCGACUACCUCCCCGCAGGCGAGCAGAUCUACUUCAACCGCACUGAGGUCCAAAAGGCCAUCAACGCACCAAUCCAGGACUGGGCGGAGUGCAGCUCUGGCGUAUUGGACAUCGACACAUCAGCGCAAUCAUCUUACGAGGUCAUCCCCAAGAUGAUCGACGCGCUUGAUCGCACUGUCAUUGUACAUGGUGAACUCGACUUCAUCCUGCUGUACAACGGUACCCUUAUGGCCAUUCAGAACAUGACCUGGGGCGGCAUGCAGGGUUUCCAGAGUGCUCCCAAGGAUCCUUUCUUCGUUCCGUAUCACGACGACAUCAGUCUGACUAGCCUCAGCGCCAAGGGAAUCAUGGGUACGACGCAUAGUGAUAGCAAGGCAUUCAGUCAUCAAAUCAAGAUUGAAAUUCAUCUCUAA